UGAAUAAUAAUUAUUAUUUAUUACUGAAUAAACCAAUAAGUAAUACCUACCUAAUUAUAAAAAACAUCUUUUUGCACUUUAGUCAACAUCGAAUAUUGUAGAUUAUAUAAUUGAGUUAUAGUAACGUUAUAAUUGUGAAUGUUUAAGUAACAAUAACAUUUUAAAGUUUUCAAUGUAAGCCAUAACCUAUGCUAAUUAUGGGAUAAAUUUAUCCGUACAAUUUGUUCGCUGAGAACAACUUGGAAAUGGAGAAAUUUGCUGUUGAUUUAGAUAAAGUACUUGACGAGUUUGAGUUCAAUGAAGAAAAAGAACAACUACAAGCAUCUAUCCCAAAUGGCCUUUCUAGUGUUGGGUCAAAUGCCCAGAUUACAGCUUCGGUUUCUAGAAAUGUUUUACCAGCAGCUAACUAUCGCCGGCCUGCAUUUGAACCAAUCAAUAUAGCUGAUGCAAAUUUUGGUAUAGAUCCAACCACAUCAACUAUAUCUGAUGCUAACAGACUGUCAAACUUGGUUGUACCUGAUCCAGCCACAUUUCUAUUAGAUAGUCAUUUAAAUACAAGUGUUGAAAUAACUGGCAGUGAACUACAUGUUCAUGAUCCAUUAAUUUUAGACUCAAAUAUACUGCCAGAAAAUAAUGCUAUACAGGACACUUUGAAAGAAUUUCGACCAGACUUAUUAGAAUCAUAUGAUUCAGCUAAAGAAAGCGAUAAAAAUUAUUCAUUCAUUGAUAAUGACCAUAGGCUACCAGAUAUUGCAUCGUGUCCUGUAUUGAUAACAUCACCAGAUUCAACUAAAGAUGACUCUACUAUAUCUAGUGAACUACAGUCAUUAAAUACAUCAGAGGUUUGUGAAAUAGAUAGUACCAAUGCUGAAUGUUCAGAUGUUGAACUUUACAAAUGUCUUGAAGAAUAUGAAGAUCAAGAAAAUGUAUUAUCUGUCAACAAUAACUGUUGUAGUUCUAAUGACGUAAUUACACCAAACUCAGAAUUUACAGAUGAAUUUAUUGCUGAAAAACCACUCAUUGGUGAUGACAGCGUUUCAGGAACAAAAGAUUCCACUUCGUCUAAUUCGUCUAAUGAUUUGCCCUCUACCAAUGAUGAAAUACAAGAUUAUAUCGAAGAAUCAUCAAUACCUAUUUGUCAUGAUAACGAUACAAUUGAAGAAAAUUGUACAGUUUCAUAUCAUUAUGACACUACAACCAAAAAAGCGGAUGAUAUAUUAAACACAGAAAGUGGUGUUAAGGAAGCUUUAGAAAAUCCCAUAGAAUACAAAGUAGAAGAAAAAAGUUCUCAUAAAUUAGUCAAAGACAUUCCAGAGUUACCAAUUGUUCCUGAUACAAAUUUAGAAGUAGAGUCGGAGUAUGAAGAAUUAUUUAACGAGACAAACCAACUAAUUACAGAUGUAACAGCGAAAACUGAUUUGAAUGAAGACAAUCUAAAUGAAGCUGUUAAGAAAGAUUAUGUGUUUUUGGUUGAAACACAAGUUGAAGACUAUGACGAUACUCUAGAAAAAGAACAUACAGAUUCGCUUUGCAGUUUAGAGUCCACUGAAACAUUACUUUUAAAAGAUGAUAAUCAAGUCAGUGUUGCUACAAUAACUGAUUCUUUAGAUUCUCAGAGUACAUGUUCAUUACCAUCAGAAAUAAUUGGAGAUAAUUUGGAACCGAGGAGUAUAGAAGAUAGUCAUAUACAGAGACCAAGCACAUUAAAUUUAAAUGGGACUGCAACUAAUGAAUCUGAAAUGCCAUCUACAUUGAGUACAGAUUCAGAUUGUGUUUUGUCAUUAUCUGAACGGCAGCUUGGCAAAAUACAACCUUAUUGGAUACCUGAUGAAGCUGCUAAAAGUUGUAUGCGUUGUGAUAUAAAAUUUACAGUUGUGAAAAGAAGACAUCACUGCAGAGCAUGUGGAGAAGUGUUAUGUUCAAAAUGUUGUAAUUUACGAGCUCGCUUAUCAUAUAUGAAUAAUGAAGGCCGUGUAUGUCAACAGUGUUUUAGUACACUAGAAAAAGUUUCUCUAGUUAAACAAAAAUCAGCAACAAUUAAACACCCCAAUCCAAAUAACCCUAUGGAGUAUUGUUCAACUGUUCCACCAUUACAACAAGUAGGAGUUUCAAGAAAUCAACCUGUGCCAUCUGUUUUAGUUCCCGUUAGCGUACUUAAACGAGAAGGUCGAGUAAAAUCCGAUGUUCCUAAACAAGUUAUGUUCAGUGAUGGUAUUCGGCCUGGAGGUGAUCUAACAGAUUUAGAUGGAUCUUCUGAACGAAUUCUCCCAGUAAGACGACAGUCAAGGUCAUUAAAAAAAUUGAGUCCUACUGUUAACCAUGUAGUUAUUCCAGCCAAUAGACGUCCAUUGAAUUCGCUAACUCAGAGUUACAUACCUAAUAUUGGCUUACCUCCUGCUGCUAUAAGAAAUCAAGGGGAACUAAGAUUUGACGACACGGAACGUCCAAUAGCUGUUAAUGAUCCAGAAACUAUGUUUGCCAUAAAUCCUAAUUUAUUUCUUUAUGUUAGGAGAGUAUUUUUGGACUGCUGUGUAAAGCGUGAAAUUUGGUGUAUGAGUACUGAAGGCCUGGCGUGUGUGGGUCAAGAUGAAGUGGUAGUUUUAUUAGAAACCAUUCCUAAUGAAAAACAUCCACCUCGUGACUUAUUUUUAUUCAUUAAUCAUCUUUACAAAAAUGCAUCCAUAGGUGUUACUAUGACAGAUAUGUCAUUUUGCGCUCCAACCAACCCUACAUUACUAGAUUCAAAUAACCAUGGUGGUUUUUUAUUCGUUAGACAAACAUAUCAAUGUAUGCAAAAGUUACGACUUCCAUCACCUCCUCAUUUGUUUGCGCUCCUUGUUCAUCAAUAUGAAACACCCUGGGCUAAAAUGUUUCCGAUUCGUUUGAUGUUACGAUUAGGAGCAGAGUAUCGAUAUUAUCCUUGUAUGUUAGUUUCAAUUAGAAAUCGACCAUCUUUGUACACUGAAAUUGGCCAAACGGUUAUCAAACUUUUAGUAGAUUUUCGACAAUACUCAUAUGGUUUGCCGACUGUUAAAGGCUGCCGUAUACACAUGGAUGAAAAACAAAUUAUGGUGCUAUUACCUCGAAAUAGAUAUGAUCAAGUUUCUAGAUUAGUGUUAUCGUCUAAUCGGGGACUAUUGGCUUUUGGUGCCAACUUUAGUGCUGUCGCUGACUCACAUCUAGUCUGUGUGCAGUCAACUAAAGAUGACGGUAACUACAAUACACAGGCAAUUAAUAUACACAAUAAGCCUAGGCAAAUAACGGGUGCUAGUUUUAUUGCUCUAAAUGGUGAUUUGGAAGAUGAUGCUGGUACACGGUGGCGAAUAGUAGAAGAUGGAGUUAUGGUUGAAAUGUCAACACAAAAAAUGAUUCUUUUGCGUGAUGCUCUACGGACGAUGAAGGAUUUUAAAUUAAAUUGUGGGACCAAUGACGAGCAAACUGUAAUUUUUCAUUGGACAGAAAAUGAUACUAAUUUUAACAUUGGUGUAAAAAGUUGUAUUGAUGGCACGUCACUGCAAGGAGUGCUUUCAAUUAGAGUUCACAAUGGAGUAGACUAUUCAGGAAAGAGUCGAUUUAUAAGAUGGACUGAAGUGUUUGUGAUACAAAGUGAAGAAACGUCAGAUCGUGUAGCAGAACCACUAGAUACUAGUAGGACAGCUGAAUCAAUAGCUAAGGCCACUUGUACUGCUUUGGUACCUCUUUUAGACCUAUUGGCAGCAGCAUCUUUAACACCACUUGCUUUGCGCAUUAUUAUAAACCCCGAUUCAGUUGGCUACGAAGCGGGUAGCGGACAAAAUAAACUUCCACCUCUAUACAUGCAAAGUCUGGAUGAACAUCUUGUUCCAGUUGUCAAUGCUAUUGCUAAUAAAGCUCAGCAGGCAUCUGUUGUAUUGGAGUUAUUAUUUAGAGUCAUGGAACAUUAGUUUGAUAAAUAGUGCAAAGUGUUGAACAUGAUUUAUCACAUAUUUUAGAAAGUAUUAUUUUACAAUUUUAAUAACUGUGUACCAUACAUAAUAGUACUUAGAAAUAUUGACUAUACGUACCUACUAAUUAUUAUAUCCUGAUACUCUUUUUAUUGAAUUAAAUGUAUAUACAUAAAUUUUACGUUUAAUGAAUAUUGUGAAAAUAAUCUGAAAAAAAUUAUAUAGAUAUUUUUAUUCACUUGUGCUAAAAUUAACCUGGCCAAGUUAAAUAGAAAACCCAAAUUAUAAAUGU